UCGCAGAAGAGCAAACAAUGCAUUAGUAGUUGGCUGCUCUCUCGCUCCUGCCCCCUGGCUGCUGCUCAAAAUUAGAAACAUAAUAUUUAUUCGGCUACCCACCCACCAAUUUAUAAUUGAGAUAAGGGUCUAAUUCCUGUUUUUGUAUUUGUCACUUUAUUGUUAGUUAAAUUUGUCAAAUGUUUUCGUAGAGCAAGCCCAAGAAGGAGUAUCCUGCCGUCCCCAAUCAUCAAUUUAUAUAAUGUACAUACAUAAUAAUACAUAUUUAACAGCCUGACUCAAGUGAAGAAUAACAUAGUUGUGAUGAACUACUAGUUGGUCAGAACUUUAGUUGAUCGAUAUUCUUUCAGCAAAUAUAAGUUUUUCAAGGAUUCGUUUACCCCAUCUUCCACAAUUCCGUUAAGUUUGAUCUCAAGCACUAAAGAGAAAUAUGCCGAUGAAAGAAUUUGACAAUUCAUCAGCUGGAUCGACUUUCUUUUGAACAUUUAGCUUACUUGCGUAGUAAAUACUGAUUAAGUGCAGUUAGCCUGAAUUUAAUUAAUUUAAACAGUGUACUGUCAACGUACGCAAAUGUACAUUUAACACCUUAUUAUUGUUUCCGUUUCUGUCAAUGAGGGACUAUAAUAAACAUAAAUUACGAAAUGCUGCAUUGCGCUGUGUCCCCUAUCGUCCAUCCAAUCAAUCUCCAUUCUAAAUUUCCCAUUGAUUGACUACAGCGGUACUUGGUGCCGUCUUGCUGGAAGAGAAAGCAAAUAGCCAAUCUGAUAAGACUGAUGAAGAAGAAUGAUAAAAACUGAACUAUCUAAUACUUGUCUACCUAAACGGAAAAGGCUUAAAAGUAUUAGGGUUAGGAACGCUUUAAGAAGUAAGAUCCAACAAACACGAGUACGAAUGAACAGUGUAUCGCAAAAAUCAAAAUAUUCUUCGACAUCAGAAGACUCCAACGAAAAUGCAGUGGGGUCUUUAAGUCAAUUUCGACCCAAUAAUAAUGUGGAACAACAAACAGCGCUGAAUGAAUAUGAUAUGCACACAAAGAAGAAAAAAUGCGACAUGAAAGUUGAUCUUGCUGCACAAAGUAUUACCAAUAUUGUUAAAAAUGGAAACGAUAGACUGACAUUAGAAGAACAGGUUGAAAAAUGCUCACGUUGUACUGAAUGCGAAGACUUGAAUGAAUCAGAUUAUGUCAGAAGAAAAAGUGAGAACAACAACAGUAUUCCCUGCAAGUUUGAGAACAACGAGGACAAUUUAAGAAACGGAUCUCCACAAUCCUUAAUCAAUGGACGUACGUUUGAAUGUCCACUUUGUAUUUCGAGAAAAUUUCGGGAGGUUGACAAGCUAAUUUUUCAUUUAAUGUAUGGGCAUAAUCUGGAUCUCAGUGAACUUGAUCUCAACAAUUUAAGACAUUUGAUUGUUUACAAACAAAAUGAGAUCUCUAUUACUGUGGCACCUCCAAAAUUCAGUAGACCAUUUACACUUGCAAGGUACAAGCUCAAGCGAUACCAGGACAAGGAACCAGCCUCAUCGUUGCAUGAUUCCUUGAUGAAUUCCGAAAUGCAAAUGGAAACGACAAGAACAAUCAAAUCUAAAGCAAGAAGUGAUGAUGGAAUGUUCACAUGCUUAAAAUGCUAUUGUACUUUUGAAAAUGAAGAGGAAUUCUACAACCACGUGAAACAUAAUCACAUUUGGACGGACGAAGAAAUUAGUCGAUUAUGGAUGAAUGGUGCUGAAAUAGACCCCUCAGAAUUUUGGUGUCCUGAAUGUUCAUCCAGUUUUAUUACAAAGUGUGCCCUCUCGAUGCACAUAAAAGGAAGUCAUGAGUUUUUGUAUGAUAUCCAAUUGUACCUUGAGAAAAUUGGUUACGAGGGAGAAGUACCACUAACGGAAAAUCAGUGUGAUAUUUGUUUUAGCGUAUUCGAUGGAGUAUUAGAGUUUGAAAAACAUGUAAGGAGCCAUGGGCUAGCAUUUCUACGUCGGCAACAACUUCUUUCCAAAAUUAGAAAAUUGAAAUAAGCCAUCCCUUGCUUAAACUUGUUCAUCCUUUUGAUUUACUAACAACAUUUGUGGUGCCAAUGCAAAUCCUAAGUCAGUGACACAAUAAUGACACAAGGUCACAACAUAUUAUCGAGAGUUUGUAAAUGGUAAUCCAAUUACACUAAUAUAUUACGCAAUUUAUUUUUGUUAUUUUGUUAUUUUUUAAAAUGAAAAAUUAAAUAAAACAGUGUUACAAUGUCGGAUAUUUACAACCAUUA